AUGAUGAAUGCGGGUGGUUUAAUACAUCAACAAUCAAGCACUGUACCUUUGGUUAGUGCUACAACUACAUCCACUAAUACAGGCCCUGUUCCAGUACAGUAUUUUAAUGGUUUUUUGGAUGGUACUGAUGGUGGCUUAAUUCAUCAACAACAACAUCAACAAGUACCACUACAACAAAUAUUGCGUACACAAAUGCCAGGAAAUGUUCCACCUAUUAUACAGCAACAACAGCAUCAACAGCAACAACAACAAAUGUUCAUGCGACAACAACAAGUACAUCCGCAACAUGGGAUUCCAACGAUACAAAAUUAUUCAGACAGUGUAGCGGUUGCAACUGGAAUGAGGCAAAUACUACCUGGUACUCUACCUUUUUCAACUAAUUUUUACGAGUAUCAACCAGUUCAAGCUAUGCAUAACAUGCAUCCAUCGAUGACAGACAAAACGUUAAUUCGUGAUAUAUCGCAGCAGCAUAAUGAUUAUUCGGGAAAUCCGAUGCCAUCCUCAUCACAUCAUGCUACUGCAUCAGCUACUGAUCCAUGUGCCCAAAUAGCCCAUGUUCUUCAGUGCUACCAGCAGGGUGGUGAAGAUGCCGAAUUUGUGCGGAAAGCAAUCGAAAGUUUAGUAAAGAAGUUGAAAGAUAAACGUAAUGAACUGGAAAAUUUAAUUACCGCUGUAACGUCGGCUGGGAAACAACCAACAUCGUGUGUCACAAUCCAGAGAUCGUUGGAUGGACGGCUACAAGUUGCAGGUCGAAAAGGUGUUCCACACGUAGUUUAUGCUCGAAUUUGGCGUUGGCCAAAUGUUAACAAAAAUGAACUGCAAAAAUUGCCGGUUUGUGCGAUAGCACCUGAUAACCAGGAUGUGAUUUGCAUUAAUCCAUAUCAUUACGAACGAAUUGUGUCAUCAAGCAUCGGAAACAUUGACAUGUCAACUCUUCGUUUGGAUGCCUUAACUGCGCCACCAUCUUCAUCGCAAAUCACAGUAGUAAAUCCAUUGUCCAGUAAUGUUGUACCGGGACAGAUGGCCCAAGCGCAAAUUGCUGCACAAUCAUUACCAAUUGAAGGUUCAUAUUGUGAUGUGACGUCACCCGGAUCAUUAAAUAUGUUGCAAGGUGGGACGAACGGUGGCGCCGCUGUUGACGAUCGGAAUGCCUGGCUGAAUCAGAAUUGUGUUUUAUCAGCAGCAAAUUCAUCCGCUGCACAUCUUUAUCAACAACAUUCUCAAGCCAACUACCAACAAAUUAACGAUUCAUGUAAUUACCCAACCGGACGUUGUAGAUAUAAUUUGGAUUCAAUACGUUUGCCUACCACACCAAUUCCCGAUCACUGGUGUUCCAUAUCAUAUUACGAAUUAGAUACGCAAAUCGGUGAAACAUUUCGAGUUCGAAAAGAUCGGACAGAAGUAGUGAUUGAUGGUGGCGUUAAUCCAGCAGGAGCUAAGCAUGGUCGAUUUUGUUUAGGAGCUUUAUCAAACAAGUAUUUUAUAUUUCAAGUUUAUACUAAAAAUUAUUUAUUUAGGCUACACAUCGGAAAGGGAGUACGUAUUUCAACACAGCGUGACGGUAGUGUAUAUCUGGAAUGCUUGUCACACAAAUCUGUUUUUGUCCGAAGUUAUUACUUGGAUUUUGAGAACGAUAUUGAAUGUGGUACCACUGUACAUAAAUUUUGUCCUGGUUCGCCGAGCAAAAAAAUUUUCGAUUUACGUUGGGCUUUUGCGGAAAUGGAGCAUCAGAGUAAAUCUGCUCGCUUAGCUGUUGUAGCACAAGCUGCAGCAGUUGCUGGCUAUCUUCCUCCAGCAAAUAUUGCGUCGUCACUGAUUGAACAUGUUGGGACAGGUGUUGACGAUUUGAGACGAGUAUGUUGCAUAAUAGCGAUAUCGUUUGUGAAAGGUUGGGGCGCAGGUUACAAUCGUACAUCGAUUAAAGAAACACCAUGUUGGGUCGAACUGCAACUUCAUCGACCUUUGCAGCUUUUGGACCAGCUGCUAAAAAAGAACGAGUAUUGA